UCCCUCCUGCGCCCUCCCCUCUUCUCUGCCUCUCAGAAUCUUCCUGCCGUCGCGUUCGGAUCUCGCUGCUCCAGCCUCCGGGGCACGUUCCAUCCUUCCAGCCCGCGACCAGCAAAGGAAAAAAAGCUUACAUAUUUUCUUGCCCCGCACAUUCCCGGAGGCGAGCAAAACUAGUUAAUUUUAACCAUGAGGGAAAUCGUGCACAUCCAGGCCGGUCAAUGUGGCAACCAGAUCGGUGCUAAGUUCUGGGAGGUGAUCAGCGAUGAGCACGGCAUCGACCCCACCGGCACCUACCACGGGGACAGUGACCUGCAGCUGGACCGCAUCUCCGUGUACUACAACGAGGCCACAGGUGGCAAGUAUGUUCCUCGAGCUAUUUUGGUGGAUCUAGAACCUGGGACCAUGGACUCCGUUCGCUCAGGCCCGUUUGGCCAGAUCUUCAGACCAGACAAUUUUGUUUUUGGUCAGUCUGGGGCAGGCAACAACUGGGCGAAGGGCCACUACACAGAGGGCGCCGAGCUGGUGGACUCGGUCCUGGACGUGGUGCGCAAGGAGGCGGAGAGCUGCGACUGCCUGCAGGGCUUCCAGCUGACCCACUCGCUGGGCGGCGGCACGGGCUCGGGCAUGGGCACCCUGCUCAUCAGCAAGAUCCGCGAGGAGUACCCCGACCGCAUCAUGAACACCUUCAGCGUGGUGCCCUCGCCCAAGGUGUCCGACACGGUGGUGGAGCCCUACAACGCCACGCUGUCCGUGCACCAGCUGGUGGAGAACACGGACGAGACCUAUUCCAUCGACAACGAGGCCCUGUACGACAUCUGCUUCCGCACCCUCAAGCUGACCACGCCCACCUACGGCGACCUCAACCACCUGGUGUCGGCCACCAUGAGCGGGGUGACCACCUGCCUGCGCUUCCCGGGCCAGCUCAAUGCUGACCUGCGCAAGCUGGCCGUGAACAUGGUGCCCUUCCCGCGCCUCCACUUCUUCAUGCCGGGCUUUGCGCCUCUCACCAGCCGGGGCAGCCAGCAGUACCGGGCCCUCACCGUGCCGGAACUCACCCAGCAGGUCUUCGAUGCCAAAAACAUGAUGGCCGCCUGCGACCCGCGCCACGGCCGCUACCUGACAGUGGCUGCAGUGUUCCGGGGCCGCAUGUCCAUGAAGGAGGUGGACGAGCAGAUGCUCAACGUGCAGAACAAGAACAGCAGCUACUUCGUGGAGUGGAUCCCCAACAACGUGAAGACGGCCGUGUGCGACAUCCCGCCCCGCGGCCUGAAGAUGUCGGCCACCUUCAUCGGCAACAGCACGGCCAUCCAGGAGCUGUUCAAGCGCAUCUCGGAGCAGUUCACGGCCAUGUUCCGGCGCAAGGCCUUCCUGCACUGGUACACGGGCGAGGGCAUGGACGAGAUGGAGUUCACCGAGGCCGAGAGCAACAUGAACGACCUGGUGUCCGAGUACCAGCAGUACCAGGACGCCACGGCCGAAGAGGAAGAGGAUUUCGGAGAGGAUGCCGAAGAGGAGGCAUAGGCCGUAGUCCCCUCACCUCAGGCUCCUCACCUCCUCUGCCUUCUUCCACUGCCCCUUUCCUUACAAUUUGUUUGCUGCCUCUUUUUUUUUUUCUUCUUUCAGGGGUGUAGAACAGUGCCUGGCACACAGUAGGCACUCAAUAAAUACUUGUUUGUUGGAUGUCUCCUCUUUCUCUCUACUCUGGCAAUCCUGGAUCUGUCAUUCUUGGUGACCCUGUAUUUUCUGCUGGUAUCCACUUCUCCCUGUCCAUUUAAUAUUUCUGCUUUCAGAAUAAUUCUCCAAGAAGCUGAAUUACUUGCAGAUCCCAUUUAGAACCAGCCAGGUGCUAAAAACCCACGUCAUGUCCACCACCCUGAGCCCAAGGGCGAAAGGCAGAGGGUAGGGGUCAGAAGGAGAGAAAGGAUGGGGUGUUGCCAUUCUGGGACAUUUUGGGAAGGGGGAAUCCAGGCUUUCACAACCGUUUAGGCCCAUCUCAGCUUCAAGAGGGGCGAACAGUAUUCUCUCCCUUCAUUUCCCUCGGCUGUCCCUGAGCCUUCCGGACUUCCUUUCCCAUCCCCGUGGAGUGAGCGUGUGUCCGCCACCGUGUUUGCAUCACACCCCAGAUGGGCAAGGAAACACCCUCUUUUUUGCAGAUCUCAUCUCUUGCUGUUGCCCCCACUCUUGAUUUUCGUCCUGUCCUACACUUCAGAUUUCUAUUUUGUGUUGAACUUGCUUUUUUUCAUAUUGAAAAGACAACAUUGCCCCAAGAGCCAAAAAUAAAUGGGAA